UCCAGUCCCAGCAGAGUUUUCCUUAGCUCUCCACUCACCGUUCGGGAGCUAUCAGUUUGUAUCUUACAACUUCACUUUUGGAGAAAGAUCAAGUCGUCAGGCCAGUGGGGAGAGAGGACGUGAGGAGCUAACCUGUCUGUUCUGGGAAGCAGUGGUUUCUUUCUGGCUGACCUGGUGAGAAGAGUGACAACGGAACAUGCAUCUAGAGAACAAAGAUGGUGGGCUGACCUCUGGUGUGCUGGAGAUGGAGCUACAUCAGUCAUCUGCUCCUAUGUGUGCUGGCCUGGGAAGGCCAGGGCUGGCGGUACCUGCCACCAGCAACCGCAGGCUACUGCAGGGAGUCAACAGGGUAGACCCCACAUCCCCCUACUCCAGCAGGGCAACUGGGCAGAGCUGCUUGGCUUCUGUGGACCAGGAUUUUGGUUCAUUCCUCACAGAGCAGAGGUCUCACUCUUCUUUACCUCAGUUCUCCAACUCCAGGUCAAAAGACCCCUGCUUUACAGAAAAUACCCCUUUGCUGGGAAAUUCCUCACAAGAGAAAGGGUCAUGGGGCAUGCCUAUUUGCCAUCCAGAGUUUAUCACUGCUGAAGAAUCUUGGGGGAACAGCUCAGCUGAGUGGGAUGGAGGAUCUCUGCUGAGCAAAGACUUGGCUGGUUCCUCUGGAUCUGCCUCCCAAGAGAAAGGGGAGCUUCUGGACAGUGCUCACAUCAGGUCCCGUCUUUUGAAACUGAGGUGCUGUAUACGGUGGCUGAAGGUUGCAAGCCUGUUUGUCUUUGUGGUGGUGUGCUCUAUUUUAUUCAGCCUGUAUCCAGAUCAAGGAAAGUUCUGGCAGUUGUUGGCUGUGUCACCCCUGCAAAGCUACUCUUCAAACCUCACCAGCCAUGUGGACUCCACACUGCUCCAGGUGGACCUGGAAGGGGCCCUGGUGGCCAGUGGCCCAAGUCAUACUGGAAGAGAAGAACAUGUUGUGGUGGAGGUGACCCAGGCCGAUGUUCCAGGCUCCAGGCGGCGGCGGCCACAGCAGGUCACUCAGAAUUGGACUGUAUUUUUAAAUCCGAGAAGAAGUGAGCGCUUGGUGGUGAGCAGGACCUUUGAGAUACUGAGCAGAGAUACUGUUUCUAUCAGCAUUCGAGCCUCUGUCCAGCAGACCCAGGCUGUUCCUCUUCUGAUGGCUCAUCAGUAUCUCCGUGCAAGCAUAGAAGCACAAGUGAUCAUUGCUGUGGUCAUCCUUGCUGGGGUCUACAUGCUGAUUAUAUUUGAGAUUGUUCACAGAACACUGGCAGCCAUGUUGGGUUCCCUUGCAGCAUUAGCAGCGCUGGCUGUGAUUGGAGACAGACCCAGCCUGACCCAUGUGGUGGAGUGGAUUGAUUUUGAGACCUUGGCCCUGCUAUUUGGCAUGAUGAUCUUAGUAGCCAUAUUUUCAGAAACUGGAUUUUUUGAUUAUUGUGCUGUAAAGACAUACCAGCUCUCUAGGGGAAGAGUGUGGGCCAUGAUCAUCAUGUUGUGUCUCAUUGCCGCUGUCCUGUCUGCCUUCCUAGACAAUGUCACCACAUUGCUGCUUUUUACUCCUGUGACGAUAAGAUUGUGUGAGGUGCUCAACCUUGAUCCAAGACAAGUCCUGAUUGCAGAAGUGAUCUUCACAAAUAUUGGAGGAGCUGCCACUGCCAUUGGGGACCCACCAAACGUCAUUAUUGUUUCCAACCAGGAGUUGAGGAAGAUGAUGCAAGCUCAGCUUGGAGGCCUGGUCAGGAGGCAGGGCAUUCACUACCUCCUGCUCUUAUCAGAUGCCUUCUUGCUGAGAACUACACUUGUAUCUUCCAUGUUCACUAGAUCUACUUCAAUGAUUAGGCAGUGUCUGGAUUUUGAACUGAAGCACGAGAUCCAUGUCUGGCGCCUGACUGCGCAGCGCAUCAGCCCGGCCAGCCGAGAGGAAACAGCGGUUCGGGGCCUGCUCCUGGGGAAGGUGCAGGCACUGGAGCACCUGCUGGCCCGAAGGCUGCAUACCUUUCACAGACAAAUCUCACAGGAAGAUAAAAAUUGGGAGACCAAUAUCCAGGAACUCCAGAAAAAGCACAGGAUAUCAGACAGGAUUCUGCUCACCAAAUGCCUGAUGGUGUUGGGAUUUGUUAUCUUCAUGUUCUUUCUCAAUUCAUUUGUUCCUGGUGUUCAUCUUGAUCUUGGGUGGAUUGCUAUUAUGGGUGCCAUCUGGUUGCUAAUUUUAGCUGAUAUCCAUGAUUUUGAGAUAAUUCUACACCGAGUAGAAUGGGCAACUCUUCUGUUCUUUGCAGCACUUUUUGUUCUAAUGGAGGCACUGGCACAUCUCCACUUAAUAGAAUAUGUUGGAGAACAGACUGCUUUGCUAAUAAAGAUGGUCCCAGAGGAUCGGCGCCUCACAACUGCCAUCAUCCUGGUGGUCUGGGUCUCAGCCAUUGCAUCAUCCUUGAUUGACAACAUCCCAUUUACCGCUACAAUGAUUCCUGUUCUCCUGAACCUCAGCCAAGACCCCGAGGUCAGCCUGCCUGCACCACCACUCAUGUAUGCCCUGGCCCUUGGCGCCUGCCUGGGAGGUAAUGGGACACUGAUUGGAGCAUCGUCAAAUGUAGUUUGUGCAGGAAUUGCUGAGCAGCAUGGAUAUGGAUUCUCUUUCAUGGAAUUUUUCAGGUUGGGCUUCCCAAUGAUGGUUGUCUCCUGCACAGUUGGGAUGUGUUACCUCCUUGUUGCUCAUGUCGUGAUGGGAUGGAAUUAACAGAUAUACAUCGUUUGAAGACUAAGGGAAACUUGAUCCAUCACCAACAUCAGUAGAAAACUGCCCCAAGACCACUCUUGGGAGAAGAAAAGGUGCUCAUCAUGGGGGUGCUCUGGAGUGGAAACCUUUGGCAUCCACACUCAUUCAGGUGAAUGCUAGAAAAUCAUGGGAAAUACAAGAUAACUUACUAAAGAUUCCACUACAAGAAAAUAUGUAUAUUUCAAAACAAGUCUUGCUAUGCUCUGUAAGAAAAGACACAAAUGCAAUAUUCAACCCCAAGUGGCUUGUACUGUUUAACUUUCAGUUUCCUGAGGUCAUCAAGAGUUUUUUUAUGUAAUCAUUUUCCAUGUUAAAAUAGUCUGCAUCUCUGUACUCUUUCUGGGAAAAGGAAAACAGUUUGUAAGGAAACAUUUUAUGUAUUAAAAAAAUAAACUGUAACUUGACAAAAGGUUUAGAAUUAAUUAGUAUCCUAGCUUUUUACCAGUUUAUAUAAUAUAAAAUUAUAUUUUAUCCAUUUAUGUUUUUCUCUGGAGUUUUUAAGUCAUCAAUUACAAGUGUAGAAAUUUGACUUGUAAGAUGGUCAUAAGUGCUUUUAAAAUAAUAUUUUACAAUUUAACAGCCUAGAAUAAUAAACUUGAGUUUUGAAGGUGG